GGCUAUUGUUGAGGAGAGACAGGAACAUGUUUGGAGGAGAAUGGCAAGAUGGAGAAGACCCGGCAUAUUCACUUUGUUUGGGAUGGAUUGUCCUGUCCUCUUGCCUCUCCAGUGGUGUCAGCUGUGAUGUGGAUGGCGAUCCUCCUGCUGUUCCUGCAUGCCUGUGCUUUGUUGCAAGUUUCACUUGUGUUUGCCGCUGCUGGUCCUGCCACUGUUUCAUCACCAUGCUGACUCCUGAGGCUAUGAUAUCUGAGAUCCACAAACAGAUCACAGAUGCUUUUGAUGUGUUUGAUCAUGAGUUCAACAAGACCGUAGAUGUGAGGGAGGUUGGUACCAUUAUACGCUCACUAGGUUGCUGCCCCAGUGAAGGAGAACUUCAUGAUCUUCUGGCAGAGAUUGAAGAAGAAGAACCCACAGGGUACAUUCGGUUUGAGAAGUUUCUUCCAACCAUGACCAAAGUGUUGAUGGAACGAAGAUACAGACCUAUUCCAGAGGAUGUUCUCUUGCGAGCCUUUGAGGUUUUAGAUCAAGAAAAGAAAGGCCACCUUGAACCGGAGGAGCUUACUAAAUACAUGUCUGAAGAAGGAGAACCCUUUACACAAGAGGAAAUGGAGGAGAUGCUGUCUGCAGCCGUAGAUCCUGAUAAAAAUGUGAUUCUUUACAAGGACUACGUGGCGAUGAUGACCGUAGAAGAUAACUAAUGCAGCUGGAUUCCAGCUCCUUUCUAUUUAAAUUGUGAUGUUAUUUUAAAAUGUAGUUUAUGUCAUUUAAAUUAAUUAAUAGCACUGUAAUUAUAGAAUUACAGUACCAUUGGACUGCAUUAGCAAGACCAGCGUGGAUUGGACUCUGCUCCCCAAUCAAGCCAGGCAAACUUUUAUUUUCCCUCUAUGGUUGCCUGUUUUCUGAUCACAUCAUAGCAGGUUUAACAGGUCCCGCACUGCUCACAUUGCUACAGGCCCCUGAUUAUUUUAACAAGCAACCCACUGGUCCGAAUUACAAGAAGCACUCUAUCAAUAAUAUACUGGAAGCAGAUCUGGGGUCAUCGUGACUGAUCACUGGGAAGGUAAAGUCAAGGAACUACCUCCAACACAAAGGCUUGCAGUUAGUGAUUGCUUUCCCUUUUAGAAUUUAGUGUUUUCUUCUGCUUAUUUUGUUUUUUCUAAAAGUGAUUGACUUAAACAUAUCUAUAAUACCCGACAGUGACAACAUCCAUGCCUCAAUGGCAUACAUAAAAAAGAUAAAUACAAUGCAUAAAUAAAAAAAAGUUCCAGCAAAAAUAAAAUAUUUAAUGAUAGGUAAUUAUCCGAUUUACAGAGGAGUUAUAAUACUGAAACUAUAGUCUACCAGUCCAUAAUCCGUGCUGUAUUAAUACUUAAAAGCACAGUGAACAAUAUGAUUUUUCCUAGGUUUUAUAGAUAUAUUUAAGAAUAUUGAAAUAGAAUAAAUAGACCCAAGUACAAUUGUAUACACAUUUACAGUACUUCAGUCUUACCCUGUACCUGCUUCUACUGAUCCCGGUUAAGGUGGAACAGUCCAAGUCAUUGUACCUGCUUCCAUUGAUUGUGGUUGAGGUGGAACAGUCCAAGCCACCCUGUAGUUGACCUUGUGGGUCCUUGGCAGUGUCUCUAAAGCUAAAGGGUUACAACAUGUCACCCUUAAAUGCUGCUACUCAUCAUCCUAAAGGGACACCAUACCUUAAUGGAAAAAGAAACAUUCCUAAAUAUAUAUCUUGGAUCACAUAAAUACAAAUCAAUUUUUUAAAAUUAAAAAUCUUGAAUUAAUAUCAGCUAAUGAUUGUGUCUCUUUUUAGUGAGAAGUAUUAUACCAUUCUAGCAGUUUCUUUGUUCUAAAUCAGGAAGCUUCUCAGGGCUCACACAGUAUUUGAAUAGGACCAGCAGCAGCACAGCCCUGUAACCCUUUAACCAAAUGCACUGUAUACAUAUCACUAGCUUUACCAAAAUACAGUUCAGAAUAACGGUCUACAAAGCAUUCAAAUGUGUAUGAAAUGAGGUCUCAUGUACAAGCUCAGUAUAAACUUUGUAU